AUGACUGUCCCAGAGUGCGCAGUUCUGUGUGACAGAGACUCCUGUCGCCGCAGAAAGCACAAUGCCCAGAUUUCCAACUCUCCAAUCUGCUUCAGCAUCAGCAUACUCAGCGUUGCGUUGGUUGAAGGAUCGCUUCUUUCAAUUGCGAGCCGCGAGGACUUCGACACAGUCAAUGCAGUGGCGGCGAGGGCCCUGGCAAGCUUCCGACCUGUCUGCAAUCGACAUGGUAAAGUGACUUACCCGCCUGGCAACUCAGCUGAGCUCGACAUCGCGAGUGGCUACAGUACGGCCCAAGACAAACGACGCAAGGCCAUGUCAGAGCUGUCCCGGGAGUUGCUGCAGCUGCAGCAAGCCUGCGAAGGAGGUGACGAAGCGGCGCAGAGCAGCUUCGAGCAGAAAGCAAGGCAUCUGUACACCAUGGGUGGAGUGCUCGGCCUUCUCCAGCGUGAUCCAGAAGUUGUCUGCAAAGGGCCGGUGGACAAGGACUUCGAGGCAUGA